AUGCCUACCCAUGUAUUAGAUUACCGCCCCAGCCAUACCCCGUUUACCGAUGAGGACAUUCAAUGCUUAAUGAAUCUACGAGUUACAGAUCCCCGUGAUGACAAGACGCGCAUUGAGGAAACUAAGGGUGGAUUGCUUAGAGACUCGUUUAAGUGGGUGUUUGACCAUGCCGACUUCCAAGAUUGGCACAAUUCCUGGCAGGGACAGCUCCUCUGGAUCAAAGGCGACCCCGGAAAGGGUAAGACGAUGAUGCUUUGUGGUCUUAUUGAUGAACUCGAUGUUCCCACCACGGGUACUGUUCUCUCGUUCUUCUUCUGCCAAGCCACCGACUCACGCAUCAACAAUGCCACAUCCGUGUUGCGCGGUCUCAUGUAUAUCCUUAUAAAGCAGCAGCCACCUCUCAUCCAACACAUCCAGGAAAGCUACCGAGAUACAGGGAAGCAGCUCUUCGAGGAUUUGAACGCUUGGCCAGCCUUGUCAAGAAUAUUUCUAAAUAUGCUAGAGGACCCGCGCUUGGAAAAGUGCUACUUGUGUGUCGAUGCCCUUGACGAAUGCACCGCUAAUUUGGGAAAGCUUCUCGAGUUAAUUACUAAAAAGUCAACCUCUCCCCGCAUCAAGUGGAUCAUCACUAGUCGUAACCGAUACGACAUCGAAGAGGCAAUAGUGCCCGCCAAACACAUAAUAACUCUCAGUCUGGAUCGAAACGAGAGCUCGGUUUCCAAUGCUGUUGGCGUGUUUAUAGAGCACAAAGUAUCCGAACUGGCAACACAAAAGGGUUACGAUGCCAAACUUCAAGAAGAAGUUCGAAAUUAUUUGCGAGAGAACGCAAAUGACACGUUCCUCUGGGUAGCCCUUGUCUGUCAGAACCUCGGGCAAGUUAAAUCCUGGAAAACGUUUGAGAAACUACGCGAGUUCCCGGCCGGCCUACAGUCCUUUUACAGGAUGAUGUUAGAUCGGAUGCUCGAUUCAGACGAUGAGGAUCUCAUAAUCUGCAAGAAGAUACUUUCUGUGAUGAUGAUAGCACGCCGGCCCAUUGCACUGAAGGAGCUCCCUUCGCUUGUUGAGAUUUUGUCAAAUUUCUCUGAACACGUUGGAUGGCUUGAGACUGUUAUUAAGCUAUGCAGCUCAUUCUUGACCACUCGUCAAGGGACGGUAUAUUUUGUACAUCAGUCGGCGAAAGAUUACCUCAGAGCCAAUGCAUCUUCUGAGAUCUUCCCGCCGGAUCCAGAUAUUCACUACGAUGUAUACUCCCAAUCGAUACGGUCCAUGAUGGAACAUUUGAGACGGGAUAUCCUAUCCAGUAGCCAUGACUCUCAACCACAGAUUGGACCCAUCGAAGAGGUGGACUUGGGAUCACUUAAGGGCAUCAGAUAUUCUUGCAUCUACUGGGUAGAACAUCUGAGUGAAGCAAGCAGAGCUCGACUGCAGCAUCAAAACGACUUAAACUCUGGUGGACUUGUCCAACAGUUCUUUGAACAGCGCUUCCUUUACUGGCUGGAAGCUCUAGGCUUCGCUAGGCAAGUGUCGGAUGGUGUGGUCGCUGUAACAAUGCUCGAAACCCUUCUCGAGGAUUUUCAGGCAGACUCAUAUCUUCUCAGCCUGGUCCAAGAUGCUCGAAGAUUCAUUCUACACAACCGCUUGCUGAUUGAAGACACCCCACUUCAAGUAUAUGCCUCGGCGCUCUUGUUCAGCCCUAACAAUAGCUUAACAAGAAUGUCAUUCAAGGAAGAAGAGCCAGAAUGGAUUACGAAAGUCCCAAUUGUAGAAGAUGAGUGGAGUGCAAGCUUACAGUCGCUCAAAGGCCACCGUGAUUGGGUUAGAGCGGUUGCUGUCUCGAAUGAUAAUACCUGGCUGGCAUCCGCCUCGAGCGAUCGAUCGAUCAAGAUCUGGAACGCCGCGACAGGCAAGUGCGAAACGACGCUGAAAGGGCAUAGCAACUGUGUGAAUUCAGUAGUUUUUUCGCAUUGUGGAAAGCGUGUCAUGUCAGCUUCGAGCGAUAAAACGAUUAAAUCCUGGGAUAUUGUUUCCGGUGAUUGCCUUCAAACCCUCAGGGGCCACAGUGACUGGGUCCGAUCAGUAGUAGUCUCAUAUGAUAAAGACUACUUAUUGUCAGCUUCAAGUGAUCGGACCAUCAGGGCUUGGAAUACCGCGUCAGGUCGGUGUGUACGUGAAUUCAAAGGCCAUAGUGACUGGGUAAAUGCGGUAGCCUGCUCGCGCAACGGCAGUCAUCGCUAUCUCGCCUCGGCUUCGAGUGAUCGAACUGCCAGAGUCUGGGACAUUGAUCAGGGAAAAUGCCUCCGGAUACUGGAAGGCCACGGCGAUUGGGUGAAUUCGGUGAAUUUUCGAGAGGACACCACCCAUCUCGCAUCGGCCUCAAGUGAUGGGACUGUCAGAAUAUGGAAUGCUGCGACGGGAGAGUGCCUGCAAAUUCUUGACCAUGGCGGCUGGGUCAAUUCGGUAGCAUUUUCCCACGACGGGAAAUAUCUCGCAUCCGCAUCGGAUGAUACAAGCAUCAGGAUCUGGGACACAACUGGCAAAUGCAAGCAGAUACUUCGAGGCCAUACCUGGUCAGUAACUUCUCUAGUUUUCUUGCCCAACGGCAAACGGCUUGUAUCAGCUUCCAAUGAUCAAACUCUACGAUCCUGGGAUACCAACAUCACCAAAGAUACGCAAAUACUGGAUGGCCACGAUGACUGGAUCAAUACGGUAAUAUUCUCCGAUGAUGGCAAACAAGUCGGAACUUUUGCCGAUGAUGACUGCGUCAAGAUAUGGAACUCUACCACCGGCGAAUGUAUGCAUACACUUGAAGGCCACACCGCCUCUAUCAACUCGAUAGCUUUUUCAAGUCGUAGACAACUUGCCUCAGCCUCAAGUGACCGGACCAUUAAGAUAUGGAGCACCACUACCGGCAAGUGUAUACAGACUCUUAACGGCCAUAGCGACGGAGUCAGUUCAGUUGUUUUCUCUCCUGAUGGCAGAUACCUUGCCUCAAGUUCAGCUGACCGAAACAUCAAGAUCUGGGAUAUUGUCAACGGUACAUGUUUCAAAACCGUUGACGCGGGUGUCCAUAUCAAGAAUAUUUCUUUCAAUCCCACCAGCUCCUACCUUAUAACUGAUAUCGGGCAUAUCAUGCUAGAUGCAAAUAAAGGGCAGAUAUGGCAUGGUUACGGCUUCAGCCCAGAUCUCUCUUGGAUCACUUGCCACGGCCAAGGUGUGCUACGGUUGCCUUAUGAACUCCGACCCGUGUGUAGUGCUGUCUUUGGGUCUACUGUGGUAGUCGCUUUUGAUUGUGGAAGAAUUAUCUUUGUUUGGUUUGCG